ACACACCAUCCAUAAAACCUUGUCUCUUUCCCUUUCUCUUUUUGGUUUCUCCUUCAGCAAUGAAAAUACCCCUCCCUUAAUUAUUCUCUGCCAUGAUCACAAAACACCCACCUCUCUUCAUCUUAGUUGUAUUCAUAAUUCCCUUCCCCAUAAUCAACACUCAAGUGAACCACCGCGACUGCCACCAAACAUGCGGUUCAUCCAAACCCUUCCCUUACCCUUUCGGAUUUUCCUCCGGCUGCGCCAUCCGCCUCAACUGCACCCCUGACGCCGGACCCUCCGUCGGAGAAUUCCCCGUCCAAACCGUAACCGCCGACAGCAUAAUCGUAAACAUCAAAGCCCAAUGCAAUCGCCCAUUCGAUACCUUCCACCACCUCUUCAGCCACAAAUACGCACCCACUUCAGAAAACGUUAUCCUCUUUGACAACUGCACAGGCACCCCCUUGCCCUGCUUCAUACCCGAGUCUCUCGUCCGCACUCAAUUCCAAUCCGACGGUUGCAGCGGCUCCGGCGGCGGCAAUUUAAGCUGCUACUUCGAAAAGAGCACGAAAGGGUUCGUGAGUGACCGAAUACUGGAGCAAAUCGAGUGCAAGCACUUUAUGUCGUCGAUUUCAUCCAAUAAUUUGAGGAACAAUUCGGGUGCGGUGUCCUUGGAGGUUGCUACUGUAGAACUUGGAUGGUGGCUUCAGGGAGAUCAAUGUCAAUGUUCCGAUCAUGCCAAUUGUACCAAACUUCAAUCGCCGGUUGAUGGAAAGCCAGGGUUCCGGUGUCGCUGCAACGAAGGGUUCAUCGGCGAUGGGUUUCUGGCCGGAACAGGUUGCCACAGAGAAACAGCCUCCUCACCAUGCAACCCGGCAAAGUACAUGUCUGGUCGAUGUGGAGGGACAGCGAGAUUUGUUGUCUUGAUUGGAGGAUUUGUUUUUGGUGUUUCACUGAUGAUUACUCUGGGUUCCUUAUGUUGUUUCUUUCGCCGGCGCUCCAAGUUGAGAGUCACAAAGAGCACAAAAAGGCGCUUAACCGAAGCAACUUGCAAUUACAGCGUUCCUAUCUAUCCCUAUAAAGACGUCGAGAGAGCCACGAAUGGCUUCUCAGAGAAACAACGACUCGGAACUGGGGCAUACGGGACAGUUUAUGCUGGAAAACUUCACAACGACGAAUGGGUUGCCAUCAAAAGGAUAAAACAUAGAGAUACCGACAGCAUUGAGCAAGUAAUGAAUGAGAUAAAGCUCCUUUCCUCAGUUAGCCACACCAAUUUAGUUCGCUUGUUGGGUUGUUCCAUUGACUACGGAGAACAAAUCCUGGUCUAUGAGUUCAUGCCCAAUGGAACACUAAGUCAGCAUUUACAGGGGGAGAGAGGGAGUGGACUUUCAUGGCCAGUUCGACUCACAAUUGCCACUGAAACAGCACAAGCCAUAGCACAUCUUCAUUCGGCCCUUAAUCCUCCCAUUUACCACAGAGAUAUCAAGUCAAGUAACAUACUUUUGGACUACAAUUUUGGAUCUAAAGUAGCAGAUUUUGGUCUUUCUAGACUUGGGAUGACCGAAAUAUCCCACAUUUCAACUGCUCCACAGGGCACCCCUGGCUACGUUGAUCCACAGUACCAUCAAGACUUUCACCUUUCUGAUAAGAGUGAUGUGUAUAGCUUCGGUGUUGUUCUUGUUGAGAUCAUAACGGGACUCAAAGUGGUGGACUUUUCUCGUCCUCACAAUGAAGUCAACCUUGCUUCUCUUGCUGCAGACAGGAUCGGGAAAGGGCUUUUGGAUGAGAUCAUAGACCCAUUCCUUGAGCCCGAAGCGAGUAAUGAUGCUUGGACCCUCUCUUCCAUACACAAGGUUGCUGAGCUGGCAUUCAGAUGCCUUGCGUUCCACAGAGAUAUGAGGCCUUCCAUGACAGAAGUGGCUUCUGAGCUUGAACAACUUAGGUUGAGUAAGUGGACAACAUUCGGAGACAACAAUUGUAUAACUUCCACCGAGUUGUCCUCUUGUUCUUCCUCCUCAAAUGAAAGUGAGAAACCACUAAGCACCACAAUGACCAAGGUUGGGCCAAAGGGUAAAGACCAUCUCUAUCUCCAAAAUGGGCCCAUUACUUUGAAGCCUAUACAAAAGCCUAAUAGUAAUUCGCCGGUCUCGGUUCAAGACCAAGACCUGUGGUUGAGUGAACAGAGCUCACCUUCGUCAAAUAGUUUUCCCAGUAAGACCUUUGAUUGAGCUAUAAGAUAGAGUAAGACAGCUCUAUGUUACGUCAAAUACUUUGCUUGUAAAUCAUUUGAAUGAUGACCUCGAAGGAGGGAAACACACAAACCCCAAAAUAUCUCAUCACUAAGGUGGGAUGGGAGGGACAUAAUUCUUUUGU